AUGCUCGACGAUUUUGAGACCUACAAACUCUGGCGAAUUAAGAAAACCAUUUUGCAAAUGUGUCAUGAUAGAGGCUACCUUGUUAUGCAAAAGGAAUUGGACCAAACACUAGAUGAAUUUAAGGAGGCUGUUGGUGAUCCACCUAGUAGGAAAGACCUACUUAUGGUUGUCAAUCACGAAGAGGAUCCAGCAGAUAUGCUCUACGUCUUUUUCCCCGAAGAGGAUAAGGUUAACAUGAAAACAAUUCGUGCGUACAUUGAUCAGAUGCAACAGGAUCACACCUACAAAGCCAUCCUUGUACUUCAGGAUGGUGGUCUGACUCCAGCUGCAAAGACGGCCAUUGCCGAGAUGUCUCACAAGUACACGCUAGAGUCUUUCUAUGAGAACGAGCUCAUGGUCAACAUAACGGAACACCAGCUUGUUCCCAAGCACAGUGUUCUGACAAAUGAGGAAAAGAAGGAACUUUUGGAUGGAUAUCGUCUGAAGGAAAGCCAGCUCCCCAAAAUGCAGGUGAGUGAUCCCGUGGCGAGGUAUUACGGUCUGAAACGCGGUCAAGUAGUGCGAAUCAACCGACCAUCAGAAACGGCUGGUCGCUACAUCACCUAUCGGAUCGUCGUGUAG